ACCUGGGACCCCCGCUUCCUCAUAUGGACCCUGGAAAUCUCUGAUACCCUGUGAUCCCUUGACUUAAACUGUUCUUCCCCAAAUGUAGACAUGGGAGGGGCUCAGAAGAGAAGUGUCGUCUGACGUGGUUUCCUUAUUUCCCUUUAUUCACCAAGUUCUCUCUAACUGUUAAGUCACUCUGAUCUCUGACUGCAGCUCCUCCGGUUGGACACACCUGGCCAGUGCCUCAGAUCAAACCAUGGCUGAAACUAAAGGAGACAUGUGGAAUAUUAUAGACCCAUGGAUGUUUUCUAAUGACUACUUUUUAAAUUUCACUGCCAUGCCACCUGUAGAAGAAGAUUACAGCCCCUGUGACAUAGAGACUGAGACACUCAACAAGUAUGUUGUGGUCGUCACCUAUGCCCUAGUGUUCGUGCUGAGCCUGCUGGGAAAUUCCUUGGUGAUGCUGGUCAUCUUACACAGCAGGGUCAGCCGCUCUGUCACAGAUGUUUACCUGCUGAACCUGGCCUUGGCUGACCUGCUCUUUGCCCUGACCUUGCCCAUCUGGGCUGCCUCCAAGGUGAAUGGCUGGAUUUUUGGCACACCCCUGUGCAAGGUGGUCUCACUCUUGAAGGAAGUCAACUUCUACAGUGGCAUCCUGCUACUGGCCUGCAUCAGCGUGGACCGCUACCUGGCCAUUGUCCAUGCCACACGCACACUGACCCAGAAGCGCUACUUGGUCAAGUUUAUUUGUCUGGGCUGCUGGGGACUGUCUCUGAUUCUGUCCCUUCCCUACUUCCUUUUCCGCGAGGCCUAUCGUCCAAAAAAUUCCAGUCCAGUUUGCUAUGAGGUCCUGGGAAAUGACACAACAAAAUGGCGGAUGGUGUUGCGGCUCUUGCCCCACACUUUUGGCUUCGUUGUGCCUCUGCUGGUCAUGCUGUUCUGCUACGGAUUCACCGUGUGCACGCUGUUUAAGGCCCACAUGGGGCAGAAGCACCGGGCCAUGCGGGUCAUCUUUGCUGUGGUCCUCAUCUUCCUGCUCUGCUGGCUGCCCUACCACCUGGUCCUGCUCACAGACACCCUCAUGAGGACCCAGAUGAUCAAGGAGACCUGUCAGCGCCGCAGUGACAUUGACCGGGCCCUGGAUGCCACCGAGAUUCUGGGAUUCUUCCACAGCUGCCUCAACCCCAUCAUCUACGCCUUCAUCGGCCAAAAUUUUCGUCAUGGAUUCCUCAAGAUCCUGGCCAUGCAUGGCCUGGUCAGCAAGGAGUUCUUGGCACGUCAUCAUGUUACCUCCUACACUUCUUCCUCUGUCAAUGCCUCUUCCAACCUCUAAAAACCAUCAGUGAAGGAAUGUCUCUCCUCAUAAGGAAACAAUAACCAGUACCCUGAGGCUGUGUGCGGAAGGUGGUCUGGCUCUGGACAGACACAUCGCUGGGUUUUGAGGGGAUGCUAUGGGAUGUGGGGAAGUUAGGAACUGGUGUCUUCAAGGGCCAUGCCAACCUUCUGAGGAGCUGCUGAGGUACCUCCAAGGACCGGCCUUCGCACCUCCGUGGAAAGGAAGCACCGUCAUUCCUGCUGAAUGCCGCAUCUUUAACCCACUAACUGGCUAAUUAGCAUGGUCACAUCCGAGCCCCGAAUCUGACAUCAGAUGAGAGAACAGGGCGGAGGCUACGUCCUCAUCAGGGCUGGACGCUUUCAUUGACCCUCUCAGGAGCAUCUCCUCAACUCUGAGUGUUAAGUGUUGACCCGCCAGGCUGGUGGCUCUGUGUGCUCUGAUCUGAGCUCAGGGAAUGGUUUUCCCAUCUUGGGUGUGCUGCAGUGUCUGCUGGAGACGUUGAGCCAGCCACUCCCAAAACAGCCCUGUGAGGAGCUGGAAACACAUGUUUCCCUUGGGGGUGGUGGGUGAACAAAGGGGAGGAGGGUGUGGAAGCCAGACUUAUGCCACAAGAAUCCCCUUUACGCCCGUGACCAACAUUGCAGACACAUGUGCCGGCUACCUGCUGAGCCCCAGGUGGAACAAGACAAGCUGCCCUUAGCCCCACCCUCCUGCAGCUUCCAGGCUGGCAUGGAGCAUCAGCAGCCCCAGAAAGCCAUGCACAGUCACCAGUCCACUGGGCAGGCAGACAUUCCUAAUAAAAUUUCUGUUCCAUGCUUGUCCCCGUGGAAGUCUCCUGGGUGUGACAGGUCUAGUGUGUGCAGCGUUGCUGGCUGCUACUGCAGAAGAAUGGGGGCAGCACCUCCCAAAAGGGCGCCUCUCUGGGCUGAAGGGAGGUGUUCCCUGGGGCUUGAACUCCUGCUAGAACAGUCUCCUGAGGCACAGAAACUCCUGUUGGUGCCCAUACCCAGGCCAUGGAGGAUACCUUUGUCCACAAGCAAAAGGAAAUGCUCCUCCAGGGAUCUCAGCUUCACCCUGAGGUGAAUGUCAUCUUCUGGGUUAGACCUUGUCUGGAUUCCUCAAUUAUAUGAGCUCGCCUCUCCCUCCUCAAAUGCUUUCCCUGAGUUGCGGUGUUUUCCUGGGCUGUUUUCGCUCCUUGGAGACAGGACCUUGUCUGUUUGUUCACUCUAUGUCGUUGGUGCCUGGAGCCUGUUAAAAGCGCAAUAAAUAAUGAUCACAGGAAUGAACGGA